AUGUCAAAAAUGGGAACAAUAAAUUCGGAUACUGAUCCGGACACAGUAAUAAUUCUACAUCGACGUGGUCCAGCGCAAAGAACGUUGCGAACAGUAGCGGAAUUGAAUGCAGCACAACGGCGUGGAAUGGCAAUUGAAACAUCGAAGAAAAUAAUGGCUGGUGGUAAUAAACAACAUUAUGCGACUAAAAAUACUUCAAGAUUGGAUGAAGAAACUGAGGAGUUACAUCACGAACGUGUUUCGCUGACAUUUGGCAAAGUGGUGCAGCAGGCACGACAAAGCAAGGAGUGGACACAGAAAGAUUUGGCUACCCACAUCAACGAGAAGCCACAAGUAGUGGCGGAGUAUGAAAAUGGUAAAGCUGUCCCUAAUCAGCAGAUUCUAGCUAAAAUGGAACGAGCGCUCGGUGUAAAGUUGCGUGGUAAAGAAAUGGGUCAACCACUGGCUAAAAAAGGUGCACCAAUUAAAAAGAAGUGA